UCUUAAUAGGGCAUUUUGUAUCCUUUGCAAUAUUCUAACUAAUGCUCCCCCGCCCCCGCCCCCGGCCCCCAACCCAACAAUAUAGUAUCUAGAAGUAGACCUCUUAAGGCUCAAUCUUGACCAAUAUGGCUUGUAACCAACCUGCUACACAUAUUCUUCGCGCCGUUAGCGACUACCUCUAUGAAUAUUCUGAAUCACCCCAACAUCUAGGUGAAAUCUCAGAUAGCAUUAUGAGCUUAUCAGAUGCAAUAUAUAAAGUGAAAGCUUCAUAUGUUCAUAACCCGCACAGUCCAGCUGAAUUUGCUGAGAAACUGAUGCACAGUAUUGAUUGGAGAGAAUUGGAAUCGUUUAUGGACAUGAAACAACGUCAAAAGCCGUACCCUAAGAUCUUGUUCCGAGCGCACAUGCAUGGUGAAUUAUUUCCUCGAUUUAUCGAUGAUUUCACGGAAAACUACUGUGACACAUUCGGAUCAGAUCUUCAUCUCUACCAGGAAUGGGAAGAGUUUUGUGAACUUCGAGUAUCAGUAUACGACCUAGAAGAUGAAUUGCCCACCAUUCAGGAUUUGUCUGGUGAAAUAUCACAGCACCUCCAGAAAACUCAGAUCAACAAGGGGCGAACACCGUUAGAUACGAAUUACUACAUCUCGCCAUUUCUCUCUCUUAGCGCUGACUUCCGAUGGACGUUACAUAGAUCGUUUGAAAAGCACCAAAUCGCCACAGAUUCACAGCAAAGUGGCCUAGCGAUAUUCGAUACAUCUAAAAUGCACGAGAUAAAAGUUCGAGUAUGGCGGGUUUCAGAUUUACUUCUUUUUCUUGAUAGUAAGCCUAGGUUCAAAGGCUCCAUUAUCAGCGAGUUGUCGAGAAAAUGGGCGCAUAAUGCAGAUGAAUACCUAUGCUUAGAUUUUAUACCGAAAGAAGCUCUGCUUAACUUCGUACCCUGCAACCAAAUGGUGAACACUGAACAGGAACCUUACAAAAUGUUUCUACGACCUUUCUUUCGAGAGAGCAAGAAUUUAGCCCACUUCAAGACAUUCGGGAUGGAGAAACUUUCGGUCGACGAUUAUCACCACCUUCUAUCAAGCUUCUUAGAGAGUCUGCUGGAUCAUGUUUCGCCAUCAAUUAAUGGAGAGCCUUUAGUUGAUCAUCUUAUCGAUCAACUAGCUGAUUAUAGGCAGUGGGGAUAUGACCUGGCCACAAAUCGUCUAAGUUUAAGGCAAAAGCUCGGGCGGCUUGUCAAUAGAGAAUAUGCAUUUGGCCUAGAGUCGUGGGUUUGGGAUCCAAACUGUGCACGACCCUGGAAAGAGAUCUGCUGGAACUUCUCUGAAAUUUAUCAUGAGCGAGCUGAAAGCAUGAUAGUGGAAGGAUUCUAGAAGGAGGGUAUAGGAUCUGGUACAUAACUGCCACCUGCUCUCUCAACGUUGACACUUCAUGUUUGCCAUGGGGGCACUUCCCCACCUUAUUUAGCCAUCAAGCUACAUGCUUUAAGCCUUUUAUUUGGUCCUUUAAGCGCUGCUUUACGGUUCCACCUCCAGCGAUUGCUUAUUGAAGGCUACAUUGAGCAUUUUAUGGUUUCGUGGCCCACAGCGUGCGAAGUGCGUGUUCACCAGUAAUAUGACAGUCAUCUGUGAUAAGAUAUUCUGAUACGAGACAAUACCGAAGCCUGGAGCAAGCUACUUUGGGCUCUUCCAAGGCGGCUUGGUAUUUCUUGGCAUUA